UCUUUUUUAAAGGAUUGCUUGUUAUUUUUGGAUUAGGGGGAACUGGUAGAGUUUGGCUGGUGCUGGAUAGUUGGAGAACGGAACAGCAGCAGAACUAUGAAGUAAGGGCGAGGGUGCUCAGGAACUGUCAUCAGUGCUGAGCUACUUUCUCACUGCUCUAAUUGGGAUGUGCAUCCUCACCACUGAUCAAAGAGAUCAAUCUGGGACAUACCGAAAUGAGACAAAAGCUGCUCAGUCCAGACACGGAGAUUAUCAUGGCAAGAGAGCAGCUAUCACUUCUAUUCUAAAGAAGCCUGAUUUUGGCACCAGGAAAACAUGCCUGACCGUGACAACACCUAUAAUGGUAGUGGCAGCGAUGAGGCCAGUGCCAACUCUGAUGACCUCUGCCGAGACUUCCUGCGCAACGUCUGCAAGCGGGGUAAGCGCUGUCGUUUCCGCCACCCUGACAUCAACGAGGUGACCAACCUGGGAGUCAGCAAGAAUGAGUUCAUUUUCUGCCACGACUUCCAGAACAAGGAGUGCGUCCGCAUCAAUUGCCGCUUCAUCCACGGCACCAAAGAGGACGAGGACUGUUACAAAAAGACCGGGGAGCUCCCCCCACGCCUCCGCCAGAAAGUGGCGGCAGGACUAGGCCUUUCCCCAGCUGAUCUCCCCAACAGCAAGGAGGAGGUACCCAUUUGUAGGGAUUUUCUCAAAGGAGAUUGCCAGCGUGGGGCCAAAUGUAAAUUCCAGCACCUACAACGGGAUUAUGAGUACGAUACCCGGGGGCUGGCUACCCGGGAGCAAGGCAUCACCACUCCUGUGCGUCGUUAUGACCCCUAUGAUCCCAUGUAUGACACUGACCGAUGCUAUGAUGACCACGAACCUGUGCUCAAGCGGCGGCGGGUAGAUGGGCUCCACUUCGAGACCUAUGAGUAUAACUUCACCAGUCCACGUACGGUGGAAUACAGGCUCCUGGAAGAGGAGAACAUCAUGCUCCGCAAGCGUGUGGAGGACCUCAAAAAGCAGGUCAACAACCUCCUGGCCACCAAUGAGGUCCUCUUGGAACAAAAUGCCCAGUUCCGCAACCAGGCCAAAGUGAUGACACUCAGCUCAACAGCGACAGCCACUGAGCAGACUCUAGCACCCACUGUGGGCACGGUCACCAACUACAAUCACAGUAUUGCCCAGACUCACACCACCCUGAGCAGCCAAGCUCUGCAACCACGGCCUGUCUCCCAGCAGGAUUUGGUGGCACCAGCGGGAGCACAGGCAGCACCUCCCAGCAAUACAGCUCCUCCUAUGAACCCUGAAAUCACCCCGCUGUCAGCAGCUCUGGCUCAGACCAUUGCUCAGGGCAUGGCUCCACCAGUCUCUAUGGCACCUGUGGCUGUAUCGGUAGCGCCUGUGGCUGUGUCAAUGGCUCAACCAUUAGGGGGCAUCACCAUGAGCCAUGCUACGACACCCAUGGUGACUUACCCCAUUGCCUCCCAGAGUAUGAGGAUAACAGCCAUGCCUCACUAACCCACUUCUGAGGGAAGUGUCCUCAUUCAAUUUGUGCUGCCCCUAGGUCAAGGGAGAACACUGAUCAGGAUCCAUUUCUGUUGAAGGAUAAUGAUUAGGAAAAGAGAAUGAAUCUGAUUUCGGAUGUGGAUCUGAAAGCCACUGGAAUUCUCAUCUCUACUCAGGGGGAAGGACUGUAGCUUGGGCUGACAAUUUUGCCUUAAGCAGGCAUAUGUGACUUCCCCUACCCACUACAAAUGGCAGCAGGGCUCAGGGAUGACAGAACUAACAAAGCGAUUUGGAGUGUACAGUAAUCUCAUAGACUUCAUGUGUAUCGUGUAUCUAUUUUGCAGGUUGUCCAUCCUCAUGUAGUCAUCCACCAAGCCCUUUGCAUUUAGUAACUGAGCAAAUCCCCCCAUCUCUGGAAGCAUUGCUUAUGUGCACACACACACACAGAGAAAGAAUCCUGUGGUGAGCUAGAGAGAAAAUACAAUUAAGAUCCCCGGUUCUUAUCAGUGGGAUGGAGUGAUGCUCUCCUUUGAUCAAUCAAAGAAACUGCAGAAACUCAAAAGAGUACUAAUACCGCAAAGAGCCAGCCUGCAUCGCUUACCUUUGCACACUUGUUCUUGCAAGGAUCCUGGCUCUUAAGUAGAGUGUAAGCUCCAUUGCUCUAAUAAUCAGUGGGGGGGUGGGGGAGCUGGAAAUGGUUCCAGAGAACAAAAUUAAAUCUGGUCAUUCCUUCUGUCUUGUUUGGAAAUGGAAAGUUGAAAUUGUAGCCCUGGAAAGAGCAGGUUCAAUAUGCCUACCGUUACUGAAGCUUGACAGUUUGCAGGCUAGAGGGUGUGGCCGCUGUAUAUGAAGAUGACGUCUUUUGUAUGAGUUUUUGGGUUUUCAAAGAGUCCAGAAUGAAGUGACAGGAUCUCUUGCAACUGCCCUAAGGCUGAGCAGCUUAAUUUCUUGUUGACCUUUGCAAGCAGUACUUGGUGCCUUGCAAACCCAGAACAGCUGCUUAGUUUUCUCCUACUCUUUUGUUCUUUCCACUGAGGUCUUUACUGCUUUCUGCCUGUAUUUCAUGUCUGAAUUGCUCUCCCAUCCAACGAUGUAGUUGCAGGAACUUACCUGCUGUACAUCGCUUCACAUUUGGUUAUAACAACACCACACUUUUUUUUUAAAGAAAAGAAAAUCCAAGAAACUCUUUCCUCAUCAUAUGGGGUGGGAUUUUUCCUUUAUUUUUAGGUUUUGUUUUGUUGGUGUGAAUGUCAGCUCCUCCUUGGGUCUAAAGUAGUUUUUGUGUCUUUUGUGUUGCAUUGGAUUAAUUUUUAUUAGAAUGUUUUAAAGACAAUGAGGAAAAUGUUUCAUGACCCAGAUGUUUCUACAGUUAAGAGUGUAAAUGUUCUCAGCUAUUAAAACAAAUGUACAGUCCUCACAAUA